GCCCAGCAGGUUCAGCAGCUCUGUCUUUCCCAAAGGAGCCACUCUACCAGACAGUGGCUGCAUGCUCACAUCCAAGGGGCCAGAGCUGAGAUGGGGAGGAUCCUGGGGGCCCAGAAGAGUAUUCCCUGCCUGAAAGUCCUGCCUGGAGGGCCCAAGCACCAGCUCUAAUAGAGCCCCAACAGCUGCCUGGUUGUUCUAACAGGAACCCCUCUUGGUGGACAGCUCCUCAACAUGAGCUACAGUCUCCUCUUGACCUUUGUGUGUCUGAGUAUCUUUCUGCAAAGGGUGUGUAUCCAAGCAAACAAACUAAACAUCGAGGCCAGCAGAAAUGAUAAGCUUUCCCUGCCUGGCUUUGAGAACCUCACAGCAGGAUACAACAAAUUCCUCAGACCCAAUUUUGGUGGAGAACCGGUUCAGAUCGCACUGACUCUGGACAUCGCAAGCAUCUCUAGUAUUUCAGAAAGUAACAUGGACUACACUGCCACCAUAUACCUCCGGCAACGCUGGACAGACCAGCGGCUGGUGUUUGAAGGCAACAAGAGCUUUACUUUGGAUGCACGGCUUGUGGAGUUCCUGUGGGUGCCAGACACUUACAUUGUGGAGUCAAAGAAAUCUUUCCUCCAUGAAGUCACGGUUGGAAAUAGGCUCAUCCGUCUCUUCUCCAAUGGCACAGUCCUGUAUGCACUCAGAAUCACAACAACUGUUGCGUGUAACAUGGAUUUGUCUAAAUAUCCUAUGGACACACAGACAUGCAAGUUGCAGCUGGAGAGCUGGGGGUAUGAUGGAAAUGACGUGGAGUUCAUCUGGCUGCGAGGAAAUGACUCUGUGCGUGGGCUGGAAAACCUGCGACUUGCUCAGUACACCAUUCAGCGCUAUUUCACCUUAGUCACCCAGUCACAGCAAGAGACAGGAAAUUAUACACGAUUGGUCUUGCAAUUUGAGCUUCGAAGGAAUGUCCUGUAUUUCAUUUUGGAAACCUACGUUCCUUCUACGUUCCUGGUGGUGUUAUCCUGGAUUUCAUUUUGGAUCUCCCUUGAUUCAGUCCCUGCAAGAACCUGCAUUGGAGUGACCACUGUGUUAUCAAUGACUACACUGAUGAUUGGGUCCCGCACAUCUCUUCCCAACACCAACUGCUUCAUAAAGGCCAUCGACGUGUACCUGGGGAUCUGCUUUAGCUUCGUGUUUGGAGCCUUACUGGAGUACGCAGUUGCUCACUACAGCUCCUUACAGCAGAUGGCAGCCAAAGAUAGGGGGAAAGUGAAAGAAGCAGAAGAAGUCAAUAUUACUAACAUCAUCAACAGCUCCAUUUCCAGCUUUAAACGGAAGAUCAGCUUUGCCACCAUUGAAAUUUCUGGUGAUAACGUUGAUUAUAGCAACUUGAGCAUGAAAACCUGUGACAAGUUCAAGUUUGUCUUCCGAGAAAAGAUAAGCAGGAUCAUUGAUUACUUCACAAUUCAAAACCCCAGCAAUGUUGAUCGAUAUUCUAAACUCCUGUUUCCGUUGAUUUUUAUGUUAGCCAAUGUAUUUUACUGGGCAUACUACAUGUAUUUUUGAAGUGAUGUUGGACUUCUGCAUUACGUAAAUCUUCAGCACAACAAAGAAAUGAUGUAAAUUGUAUUUUAGGUCAAGUGUGCACUACAGCCCAAUGGUGCUACAAGUGGCUAAAAUAAUAUCUAAGUGUUUUUCUGCAAAGAAUUAACUUAAUACCAUUAGAAAUUCUAAGUUGUGUAGAAGUCCUACAAUUACAGGGUUUUGUAAUGAAGCAUCAGACCAAUUCUGUUUCACCUUUAUGAAGAAUAUCCUCUAUGAAUCCCAGGGCUACAAACCUAUUCGGGGGUGACUGUUUGCUCGGUGGAUCCCUGGUCGGCAUUUACCUCACAUAAAAAGUGAGAAGGAGAACACUAUAUCUACCAAGUAUUCUUCAAGGGUCAGGGGUUAUUUCUAAGUCAUACAUGAGCCACUCGAAGUAGUCAUACAAACUAUUCACUGUAACUCUGCAGUGCUUAUAAAAUUUAUUACUGUCUAUUUAGGGAGCAACGUUUUCCACUUUUGUUUUUAAUUAAAAUGGGAUAUGUGUUUGUGUCAAUUCACCAAUACUCAGCUCAAUACCACAAUGAGUUUUUAAUAAGGAGCAUUAUUUAACACCACAGCCGAAUUGUCAAGUUCCAAUCAGUCCUAUCAUUGAAAAAUCAAAUGUGAAUGAAUAAAAAGUUAGUGGACCAAUAAUUGUUCUAAAACAUAAAUCCCUCGAUUAUAAUAGAUUCCCAAGAUUGAAAGAACUCUGGGUUUUAUUUCUCUUUGUCAUUAUGUACCCUUUAAUAGUAAACAAUGCAAAGUUAUUUUUCUCACAGCAGGAAUGGAAAUGGAAUGAUAAUCAUUAUUCUAGGAAUCUUAAUAUGGACUGUUGCCAUGAAGAUUUACAGGAUCACAUUCAUUUUCUAACUACAUUUACUCACAUACAAGUGAGGAACUAAAAGUACCAGAUGGACACAGUCCAUUUCUGAUAUUCUAACACAGAGAAACAUUUUUGCUGGCAGCAAAUUCCCCAAGAGGAGCUUUAAUCUUGUGUCCUAAUGACCAACAGUGAUGCUUAUUAGAGAACGGGAUGCAGUUCCCAGGUAAAAGUGGCUUAACUCAAGUACAUUUGGCCUGCUCAGAUGCUCAGUCCUUCUUACGCUAGUUUGAAUGGUUCAUCUUGCAUGAGAAGAAUACUGGCGAUGAGCCCUAAUGUUCUGAAUAACGGUGGGACACAUCACAGAACAUAUCACAGGUUUCCCAUGAGCUGCCUUCUGUAAGUCCAGCAGUCUCACCCUAAUACAAGUUUGUCUCUUCCUCUGCUUCAUGGCCAACCUCAGCCAAAAGCACAAAAAAUGAUAAUCUAUGAGUGUGCCAGGGAAAGGCUUCCAUUUCAGACUCAAUGAUUUUAAAGGAUCUUACUGUCUUCAACUUAGUUUCUUUUUCUAAUAAAUGCCCAGGUUACUCUUCCUUUCAGAAGUAAGUCAUGGCUUUUAAAGAUCACUUAUUUUCUUUAACUUCCUGUAUCCAUACCCCAACCUCAUCCUUUUGCCAUUAUAUUUAUCACAAUUCAGUUUCUAUGGGUUUGAUCACUUGGCCUUUUAACACAAUGUUUCUAAUGGGAAGUGGGUUUAAAAGAGGUAGAAUGCAGUUGAAUGGUUCAAUUAUGUUUGUGAUUUUUUUGGAAAAGUUUAAAAAAUAUGUAUACUAUAAAGCCUUAUUGAAGUUAUUAUAUAAGGAUAACUAUAAAGUUAUAAAACUGUGAAAUAAAUACACCUUAUUAGCUAUUCAUUAUCUCAAGUGAUUAUCUAUGUAACAUGUGUAAUAAUGUCCCAAUGGAAAAAUAUACAUUAUGUGCAAACUUCUCCAUCCUCAUGUUCUUUCAUUCCACACAGCACACAUACAUACACAUGCGUGCUCACAAACUCAUUUAUUCGGUCUUGUUUCCUACAGAGGAAAUAGUAAAUGCAAAAGACACAGGUGAUAUUUUUCUUUGAUGCCUCUGCACUGCCUUGCAGUUAAACAACUGUAAUGCAGUUGUUGCAGACAAACAACAGUAAUGUCAAAAAAUAUAACAGAUUCUCUUCUAAACCUUCUGUAUUAUUAUGGAAUUCCAUUUUUCUUUCAGUGAAUGAUAGUGUCAUAGAAUAGCUUUUGAGAGAAAAAAAUCUUUAAACUUUUUUAUCUCUGCUUUUCAUACAGGCUGCUACAACAUUGGAGCCCUCAGUCAAAAUUCCUAAUAUUCUAGAUCUGGCCUGCAUAUCCUAGGUAUCCAAAACAGUUCCAGGACUCACUUUGCUCAAAAUAUAUUUCUUGGAUGAAAAUAUAACCCAUUCCAAGGACACAAAACUAGAUGGGGGUUAAGAAUAUUCUAACUCAUGGAAAUACAUUUUUUAAUUAUCAUGUAUUUAGAAUAAGUAAUAGUGUCAAUAUAGGGAGUUAUGCAAAUAUAAGAAUAGGUUCAAUAACAAGUAAUAACUAAAUUUUCAUUUGACAUGAAAUAGAGGGGGAAAUGAGCAUAGUAGAAAAGAGCUUGAGAUUAUAGUUGACCAUAAGCUGAAAAUGAGUAGGCAAAGCAGGAAAAUACCAUAGAAGAAGGGUACUGUAUGGGAUUUCACUAUCCAGCAAGGACAGUGGGCAGUAUAGUGAUGUGAAUAUCGGGAGAUCAACAUUCAGAUCAAAACAUGCUCCUUCCUCAGUGUAAUACAUUAUUCUUACAUAUGGAGAGCCAUUCUUCUCACCUGCUGGCCCACAGUGAACCUUUGUCUCUUCUUGAUACAUUUAUGACCAAAGAUCAUUGCUUUUUGAAACAUACAUUUUUAAAAUUUACUCAAUGUACAGGGAAUUACACUCUAAUACAUUUAUCAAUGUAAUUUAUAUCAUAUCAAUGACAAGAAAUAUCCAAUUAAAUACUCGU